AGUCAUUCAAGCGCGUGUACUCCUCGAGUAGGCAGACAAAAGCGAGUUAUAAGUCAGCAAUGUUGACGAAAGAAAGUGACUAUAGUCGCACUUCCACCUUAGCUGCCGAUACCUAUGUAUUUCAAGUGGAGAGCGAUGUUUGCACCAAAGCGGAUAUAAGAGACACCGAAAACGCGGCGAAAUUGCGUAGAACUGCCUGCUUGACCGGCAGUUUAAGUAUCGAGGCACUUUACUACAAUUUAGCGCCGAUUGAUGCGGACAGUGUGGAUAGUAAGAGUGUGCAACUCGACUCGUGUGAUGUGAAAUGUGAAAAGCAGUUGAGUGAAGCUGUUAAGAAACCACCGCCGUUGGUGCGAAAGCGUACCUUCGAUGGACAGCUGAUUUACAAACUUGGCGAAAAGGGCAGUGGUACACGGGUACAAGCAGAUAUCCAAGACUUUGAGUCCAUUCGGAGCAUGUGCCUAGCUAAUGGCUCCUUAUUUGAGGAUCCGCUGUUUCCAGCCAACAACGAAUCUCUUCUAUUUUCACAACGACCCGAUCGACACAUUGAAUGGAUGAGACCGCAUGAGAUCGCUGAUGAUCCACAAUUCUUCGUGGAAGGCUAUUCGCGUUUCGAUGUGCAGCAAGGCGAAUUGGGCGACUGUUGGUUGCUCGCCGCCACUGCCAAUCUAACCCAGGAUCCAAAUCUAUUCUUUCGCGUUGUGCCACCAGAUCAAAGCUUCGAGGAGAGCUAUGCUGGUAUUUUUCAUUUUUGCUUUUGGCAGUAUGGUAAAUGGAUUGAUGUGGUGGUCGACGAUCGUCUGCCGACAUAUCGUGGCGAAUUGAUGUAUAUGCAUUCCACUGAGAAGAACGAAUUUUGGAGUGCACUGCUGGAGAAAGCCUAUGCCAAAUUACAUGGCUCAUAUGAAGCGCUUAAGGGCGGCACCACUUGUGAGGGUAUGGAAGAUUUUACCGGCGGUGUAACGGAAUGGUAUGACUUAAAAGAGGCACCACCAAAUCUAUUCAACAUUUUACAUAAAGCUGUCGACCGUAACUCCUUAAUGGGUUGCUCAUUAGAGCCGGAUCCAAAUGUUUUGGAGGCUGAGACGCCACAAGGGUUGAUACGUGGUCACGCAUACUCUAUAACCAAAGUUUGUUUACUCGAUAUUGCUGUACCCAAUCGGCAAGGUAAAAUACCAAUGAUACGUAUGCGUAAUCCCUGGGGUAAUGAGGCCGAAUGGAAUGGUCCGUGGAGUGACAGUUCACCCGAAUGGCGUUAUAUACCCGAAGAUCAGAAACAGGAAAUCGGUUUAACAUUUGAUCGUGAUGGUGAAUUUUGGAUGUCAUUUCAAGAUUUCCUCAAUCAUUUCGAUCGUGUUGAAAUCUGUAAUUUAUCACCUGAUUCGCUUACCGAGGAGCAACAAAAUAGUGGUAAACGACGUUGGGAAAUGUCUAUGUUUGAGGGUGAAUGGACCCAAGGUGUAACAGCUGGUGGUUGUCGUAACUUUUUAGACACCUUUUGGCAUAAUCCACAGUACGUAAUAACACUAGCUGAUCCGGAUGAAGAUGAUGAUGAUGGCAAGUGUACGGUCAUUGUGGCGCUGAUGCAAAAAAAUCGUCGUUCAAAGCGUAAUAUGGGCAUGGAAUGUUUGACAAUCGGUUUUGCUAUUUAUCAUCUAACCGAAGAUGACUUACACACGCGUCCACAGGGUGUGAAUUUCUUUAAAUAUCGUGCAUCCGUUGGACGUUCGCCACAUUUCAUUAAUACCCGUGAGGUUUGUGCACGUUUUAAGCUGCCACCUGGUCAUUACUUAAUUGUACCAUCAACCUUUGAUCCAAAUGAGGAAGGUGAAUUCGUUAUUCGUGUUUUCUCGGAAACUCAGAAUAACAUGGAAGAGAAUGACGACCAUGUUGGAUAUGGAAGCCCGACUGAUGAUAAGGUGUUGCCAAAUCUUCCAAACCCAAUGGAUCCCAGACCGAACGAAGGACAUAAUGAAAGUCUUUUGAAACUUUUCAAAAGUAUUGCCGGUCCAGACAUGGAAGUGGAUUGGAUGGAAUUGAAACGGAUAUUGGAUCAUUCAAUGAAAGAUGACUUGCCAAAGAGUACAAGCUAUACACCAUACAAUUAUAAUGUGCAAAACGCUGACGUUGGCGGUGGCGCUCCGGCUGAGGGUGGUGGCCUCAAUAUUUUAGCGCUUAUUUGUGGUCCAUUUUGCAAGGGCACACCAUUUGAGAGCAUCUUUUCGGAGGGCAACGAACAAAAUCCUUCAAAUGCAAAUCAAACCAAGCCUGGCGGUUAUAUGGGUUUGCCACCAGUCAUAAUGGAGGAGAGUAGUAAUGGUUUCUCUAAGGAUGUCUGCCGCUCCAUGGUUGCCAUGAUGGAUGUCGAUCAGUCGGGUAAAUUGGGCUUCGAGGAGUUCGAAGCCCUACUCACCGACAUAGCAAAAUGGAAAGCGGUAUUUAAGCUUUACGAUCCGGAACAAACCGGACGCAUUGAUGGCUUUAAAUUGCGUGAUGCGCUCAACUCUGCCGGUUAUCACCUCAACAAUCGUAUACUCAAUGCGUUGGCACAUCGUUAUGGUUCGCGCGAUGGUAAAAUUUCAUUCGAUGAUUUCCUUAUGUGUGCAGUCAAAAUUAGAACUUAUAUUGAUAUAUUCAAGCAGCGGGACACCGAAAACAAAGAUGUGGCUACAUUCAGCAUGGACGAAUGGAUUGAAAAAACUAUAUAUUCAUAAAAUAAAUUUCAUAAUUACUUAUUAUGCAUUAUUAUAGCCGAUGAAUCUCUCAUAACUCGAAUCCAACUACAUAUACACACACACACACAC